ACAGCAGAGUGAGACAUCUCCCUUCACUCCGAGCAGACAUCUUGCUGCGUCGGUCCGGUUCGGCAGCGGAGCUGGUUCUGUAGCGGGACAGCAGCAGCACCUCAGCGGGAGAACAGGCUCUGUUAUUGGGGGAAAAGGCGCGGGUUCAGCGGUGGAAGAGACGGAGCUGCGGAUCCUCCAUGCUCGUUAGUUAGCCGAGCUAGCCGGCCUGCCCUCUCCUCCUCCUCCUCCUCCUCUUCCUCCUCUUCACCGGGAUCUUCCUACCGCAGUCAUGGCGUUAAAGCGGAUUUCGAAGGAGCUGACGGACCUCUCCAGAGACCCUCCGGCCCAGUGCUCCGCUGGACCCGUUGGUGAAGACAUGUUCCACUGGCAAGCCACGAUUAUGGGUCCGCCCGACAGUCCGUACCAGGGCGGCGUCUUCUUCCUGACUAUUCACUUCCCCACAGAUUAUCCCUUCAAACCGCCCAAGGUGGCCUUCACGACAAGAAUCUAUCACCCAAAUAUAAACAGUAACGGCAGCAUCUGCUUGGACAUAUUGAGAUCUCAGUGGUCUCCAGCGUUAACCAUCUCUAAAGUCCUUUUGUCCAUUUGUUCUCUGUUAUGUGACCCCAACCCUGACGACCCGCUAGUGCCAGAGAUCGCCCGCAUCUACAAAACAGACCCCGUCAGGUACAACAAGACAGCUCAGGACUGGACGCAGAAGUACGCCAUGUGACCCGCCGGGGCCAUGUGACCCGCCGGGGCCAUGUGACCCGCCGGGGCCAUGUGACCCGCCGGGGCCAUGUGACCCGCCGGGGCCCCGCCCCUGGCCUCCGUGGCCACGCCCCCAACCCCUCCCCCUUUUGUUUGUCUCAUCAACACGAAGCUUCGAACCCCUGAAGGGCUGCAGCCUCCGAGCUGCGACGGUGCCAACUCCAGAACCAGAACCAGACCCCCGGGGCCGGGCGGACCCGCCCGGCGGGGGCCGGAGGCGGAGCCGCCACUCAUGCAUGUCAGUGAUUGGUUCCCGUGCUGCUCCGAACACUUGUGUCCACGUUUUAAAGGAGAACGGCGGUUUGUUUGUUUAGACGAGUUAGUCGUCGCCAACACUGUUCUGUUUUUGCACUGGAAGAGAAACCGAUCGAUCAAUAAUCGCUCCGGCUGAUCGAUCAACCGAUCCCUUCCGGCUGAUCGAUCAACCGAUCGCUCCGCGGAUCGAUCAAUAAUCGCUCCGGCUGAUUGAUCAACUAAUCGCUCUGUCAUGUUUUCAAUAAAGUUGAACAAACUGCA